UGUUAGUCAGUUAAAUAGUUACUUUGUUAGUUACUUAUUUUGUUUAAAGUUCAUAAAUUAAUAUUGAAAAGUGUAAGGCAAUAAUAACUUAAACGGAAUAAUGCAAGAUCUUCCACAAAGUGACCAACGGACUGUCGGAUUACUAACGAUUCAAAACAAUUAUGAAUAACAACAGAACUGGAAAUACCCGCGGGCGCGGGAGACCAAAGAAACGACAGUUUCAACAGAAAAAGGAAGGAAGACCAGAUGAUGUUGUUAAAAAGGAUAAGUAUAUGGUUGCUCAGUCUACCACACAGGAAAGUAUAGAAAUAUCCAAUGCUAAUACAAAUGUAAAUAAAACAACACAAAUUUUAACUUUACAAAAUUUGCUUACUCUUGGCCCAAUUAAUGUUUUGUCCGUCACAACUGAGUUUGGUCUACAGGAUUCUGUUCUUGGACCCUGGGAGUAUAAAAAUGAUCAUAACUGCAUCGUAAAGUAUACCAUUCAAGGCUCAGACAUCAGUCAUUCAAUUCGCCUUGAUCACAUGUUAACAAGAGGAAUACCAACUACUAAAAGAUCAUCCCUCGCUUUCCGUUGGUAUUCAUGGAUUCGUUUGAAGGCCAUUGCAACUCAAAAAAAUUUAACAAUAAACUCAGUCCUGACAAAUGAGGGUCAAUUUCUUUCACUUCUACACGAAGUAAAUCUUUAUUACACUAAAUCUUCAAAAGUUUGUAGAGAUGAAGGCUUAGAGCCCAAUCGUGGACCACAAUCCCAUGAAGAUGCUUGCAAUUUAGAGCGCCUUCAUUAUUAUGGAAAGGGCACAAUAAAGUACUACAGAAAAACAACUUUCUUGCAGCUAGUUGCAAAAAGAUAUGGAGAAAAUGUAAAGGCUGAAUAUUUGGUAGACCCAACUACACGACUCAUAAGUUGCACAGACUAUGAGGAAAUAUUAAAGGACGUUCAUUCAGAAAUUAUCCACAAUUAUUCAAGACACGAGAAGUUGUUAGAGAACUUUGCUGGGCCUCAAUGUAAUGAGGAUCGUCUUAAUAAUGAAAGGGUCAACUUUGAUGUCAAAUUUACAUCUGCCUCUUCUAAGGCAAAACAGGAACUUAAGACAGACUCGGACUUGCCUUUACAAAAAGUAUUAGAACCAACAGAAGCAGACACGAGCGAAUUUUACCUUAGAAAAUGCAAUCUUUGCAGCAAAGUCCGAUGGUUAGGAAAGAGAGCAGCUGAAAAGUUUGUCUUGGGCUCAUAUGUAUAUGGUAACCUUCAUAAACAAGUACAAUUCUCCUGCAAUCUGCUUCAUGGCACUUCAUGUGAUGAGGAAAAUGACAUUAUUCCUCUUCCAUGUUCUGAACUAAGUCCACAACUAUGGGUAGCAUACAACAGUCUGCAUGAGUCAAAACUUACGCCAGUUGCUUUUGUGUUGAAAACAAUAAGCGAAGUUAGUGCAGGUGUUGAACAUGUUCAGAUAAUGGCAAAAUAUGCAUGCACGAGUCAAGAAUUUAACAUAAUAAAAGGCAUGGCAGUAUACACUCAGUCUCUGCCUUCGGCAUGUGUGAAGUUUGUUCAAUCAUUGACAACUGGUCGAUUUAAUUCUUAUAAAGAAAUCCCCCAUUUUAAAAAAGGAAAGCUUAAUAUAACAAAACCACGCGAAGCUCUUGUUUGUCAAUCAUGGUUAGAUCAUAGCGAGCUGUCAUCUGAAGACCCAUCUGCUCAGCACACUGUCCUAAAUCUAAGUGGAAUUCGUGAUCUCCAUGCAACAUAUGGUGCCAUGAAGAUGAUCCAUUGCUCUCAAUGUGGAAUGUGUUCACCUGGCUUUGAAGCAGAUGCAGCUAAUUGUAUAAACGUCCCUGAAGCUGGCCAACAGAUUCCACUGUCAAACUCUUUUCUUCUGCAAGCUUUAAAGCAGUCUCAGGUCUUAGCAGGGUCUAGUGUCACUCUCGACUCAGCAUUUUCAAGUGCUAGAGUUUAUAAUGAUGAAACAGUAACAGGGGUAUGUACAAAUUGUUCAAAAUUUUGUAAAAUUAAUGAUGGAAUUGUAACAUUGCUGCACAAAAAGUCUGCUGGUGAAGAGAGUUCUCAGGGAACCACUGUUGAUAGUCAGCAAUCUAUUGAUGACAAUAUUUCAAAUAUAAACCCUUACGGUCCUGAAAAUCUGAUGGCUCUUGAUGUUUUUCAAGAUGAGGCCUCAUAUCAGCAUGAAAUGUUCAUGGACACUUUAUCUCAGGCUGAAAAACUUGUUCUGUCACCGAUCCAUGCUGUAAUAGUUAUAUUGCGUUCUCGCACAAAUAAUAUUCCAUUCUCCAGAUAUGGAUCAAUAUCUUUUGCGAUAAAAGAACCAGUCAAAACUAAAGCUCUUCCAUGGCACACUUUCCAAAAGUUACCAUUUGUUAUCAUGGUCUCUAAGCAGGAAGAUGGCAGCAUUAAUGAAGCUAAAAUUAAUAUGGCAAAGAUUGUUCAUGCAAAAGAGCUUAUGGAGCGUGAAGUGACUUGUCCUGUAUAUGGUACCAAAAGACCAUUUUACAGGUACUGUGAUAAGGUUCAUACACCUUUUACAGUAGCUGCCAUGGAGAAUCUAGCAAGUCAGCUAUCAGAUACAAGCACAGCUGUUUACCCAAAUGGUUUAAGAAAAAUCAAUGUUGAGCUGAUCCAUCAGGGGCGUAGAUAA